AUGAAGUUGUUCAUUGUGCUAGCAGCCGCCCUACUGGGGACGGUGCACUCCUCCCCGGUAGAUCCGCGUGCGAUCGACUGGUCCGUAGUACGUAUGCUCCAUCAAACUGAUGCCGUUCGUGCGAAGCAAGGACUGGCUCCCCUCACGGAUGAUGAGGUACGCUCGUCAAGAAUUGCCGAUGGACAGAUGGCCACUCCCACCCAGUUCCCGUGGGCAGUCGGUGUGCUCAUAUCCGGUUCGUCAUCGCACAGCUUCUGCAGUGGUGUGCUGAUUUCGCCUCGUUUCGUCCUUACCGCUGCCGUGUGCAUUUCUGGUUCCAAUACGCUAACCAUUCUGCUCGGUGCCUCGGACAUGACGCGCGUGGAAGAGUUUAUCGGUGUGUCGAACAUCUUGUCACAUCCGAACUAUAGCUCGUUCUUCAACCGGGAUGACAUUGCCAUUCUGACGCUUUCGAACCCAGCACCGAUCCGGGAUACGAUCCGUCCGAUCGAUCUGCCACGCUGGAGUGAUGUGAGCAAUAACUUCAACAACUGGGCUGCUACGACCGCUGGCUGGGGUAAUAGUGGACGCCGUGAAAACGAACCCAUCCCCAUCCAGGAGCUGCACUUCGUGGUGGAUUCUGUCAAUUCCAACUUCGUCUGUGGUCUGUCGCAUACGUUCAUCCGCGAUACGCACAUCUGCACCUCUACCGAUAAUGGAGGCCCGUGCAAUGGUGAUGAAGGAGGUCCGAUCACCGUUACGGAAAGUGGACGCACCUUCCUCGUGGGUAUCCACUCGUUCCACUUCUCCGGCCUGUUCGGGUGCGAUCGUGGACGAUCGGCGGUGCAUACGCGCAUCACCGAAUAUCUGGGCUGGAUCCAGGAUAAUACCGAUGUCACCAUUCAGUAA